AUGAUUCCCUGGCGUCCGACUUCGCGUCUGCUUCGAUGUGCCCGAAUCCCAUCAAAGUCCCAAAGACGAGGGCUGGGACUACUGGAAUUCAAUUCCCACAAGCUUUUGAGACAUUUCGAUAUUCCAGUGCCGAAUGGGCAUGUGGUCACGAAUCCAGAAGAGGCGCAGAGGGUGGUGUCUACCAUCCAUGCACCCUCAGUAAUCAAAGCACAGGUUCUAGCGGGCGGCCGAGGAAAAGGAAAGUACAGCAGCGAUGGCAAAGGAGGAGUCCGCAUAGUUAAUACACCUACCGAGGCAUACGAUAAUGCCAGCAACAUGCUCGGAUAUUACCUGACAACAAAGCAAACACCACCAGAGGGCCUCCUAGUGAACAAGCUCUACAUCUACAAAGCCGUGGAUGUUGCCCAAGAACUAUACGUCGCAUUGACAUUCGAUCGCGACCGCGGCAUGCCCGUCCUCCUCAUAUCCGAUGACGGCGGCGUUAACAUCGAGUCCAAUGUCGGGAAACUCCAGAAGUUCUGGUUCCACAUGCCACACGGGAUCGGCCCAGAAAUUUUCGCCUAUAUCCAAGCGCAACUGGGAUUCUCCGAUUCGGAAAUGGCAACUAUGUCGCAUAUUAUUCAUCAAAUGGUUGAGCUUUUCGAGGAAAAGGAUGCUACUCUCCUUGAGCUGAAUCCGCUUGUGCGAACACCUGAGGGAGACUUCGUGUGUCUUGAUGCGAAGUUCACGUUUGAUAAUUCGGCGAGGUUUCGACAACAGGGUCUUUUUGGGUUGGAGGAACGGUCUCCUGAAGAGGAAUUGGAGUUUGAGGCUUCGCAGUUGGGGCUUUCGUAUGUGAGGCUUGAUGGGUAUAUUGGUAAUAUUGUCAAUGGUGCUGGGCUUGCUAUGGCCACGAAUGAUUUGAUUGAUUUGUGUGGUGGCAAGUGUGCUAAUUUCCUUGAUGUCGGUGGGGGAGCAACGAAGGAGACUCUGUCGAAGGCUUUUGAGAUUCUGAAUAAUGAUCCGCGAAUUAAGGGGAUUUUGGUGAACAUUUACGGUGGUAUUGUGCGAUGCGACAUGAUUGCCGAGUCUAUAGUUGCCGCCGCGGCGGAAACAGGUGGAUUCAAGAUACCGGUCGUGGUGCGCUUGCAAGGUACUAAUUGUGACAAGGGCCUGAAGUUGGUGAGUACUCCUCAAAAUGGUAUUGCUUGCAGUGCUGAAAUGUCCAAGAUUGAGAACUCGAACACGGGGAAUCUUACAGUUGAGCCCGAUUUCGAGGCUGCUGCUCAAACAAUUGUUCGACUCACUGGAAAGUCUGAAUAG